AAAACAGCCAAUGUAAAAAUUUCAUUUGCCAAGAAGAAUAUUGAUAGUAAACAUCACCAGAGGACGAUUUGUACUCAAAACAGAAAACUACAGAUGAAGAUCGGAGUAAGCUGCUAGUGAUGUUUCUUCUUGUGUACCGCAUUUAACAACAAAUCAACAAAUUCAGCGUUUUAGAUAUUCUAUUCUAUUCUUGUUUAAACAACCUUCAAUGACAUUUAGCUUUAUUGCUAACAGUCGUGCUUAUGGUUUUCGUCUAGCGUUUGUUUGUACUGGCGGAUUUUCUGCGGCCAUGGCGCGGAAGAACUCAUGGCACGCUCGCUUAAGGAUCGAAAUCUCAAACUGAAAAAACGCAAGGAAAACGUAUUCACUGGAAAACCAGAAGCCUCGAAUACUUUCUUGAUAAAGUGAAAAACAAUCUAUGAUAGCUUUUAAAACCAGUGAUCAUAAAAAAUAGGAGAAGAGUCGACUUUUAUACUCACGUAGUAGCGACUACGCCAGAAGACAGCUCUUCACGUCGUAGGAUUUGGCGCUACGGCGAAAGGUCAUUUCCAUGCAUGCGCACUGCUUCAUUUUGGGGCUUUUUUACUUCGGGCCGCCGUAGUAGAGGUCACCGUAGCGCUUUGCUUAAACUCCCUAGUAACUUGACAGAAUUCCCUCACCUCCAGCAGCAUUUCCCCCAAGUCUGGACCUUUACCAACCCUGAAGACAUGGAUUUACUCUACCAAAAAGGAGUGUAUCCUUACUCCUACAUGAACAGUUUCAGUAAAUUUGAAGAACCAAGUCUUCCAUCCAAAGAUGCCUUUCUUAGUGAUCUCACUAAUGAUGACAUUUCCAAAGAAAAGUACGAGUUUUCUCAGACAGUUUGGAACACGACUGGGUGUCAAUCGAUGGGGGAUUACCAUGACCUUUACCUGUACUAAGACAUUUUCCUGCUAGCUGAUAUCUUUGAGCAGUUCCGUCAAGUUUGCUUGAAAAACUAUGAUUUAGAUCCCGCUCACUAACACACAGUACCAGGAUUGGUAUGGGAUGCUUCUCUUAAGAAACCGGUGUGAAAUUGCGCACUCUAACAGACAAGGAGAUGCAUAUGUUCCUUGAGCGGGGAACGCGAGGUGGUAUUUCUACGAUCACUUACCGCUACGCCAGAGCUAACAACAAGUACCUGAAGGACUACGAUCCUGAACAGCCUAGCAUCGUCAAUAUCUACGAUGAUGCAAACAACUUGUAUGGAUGGGCUAUGUCUCAACCGCUCCCUAUCGGAGAUUAUGAGUGGAAAACAGAGUUUGAAGGCUUUGACAUGAAUGAGAUUGCUGACGAUGCAGAGAUUGGCUACAUUCUAGAGGUUGACCUGAAAUACCCAGAAGAGCUCCAUGACCUUCAUAACGAUUACCCCGUUGCCCCAGAGAAGAUAGAAAUCACUCCAGAGAUGUUAUCUCCUAACUGCCAGCAGUUAACCACGGAUUUAGAGUACAAACCCAGCAAAGUGGACAAGUUAGUCCCUAAUCUGUGGCCUAAGGGAGGAUACAUUUUGUAUUACAGAAAUCUGCAAUUAUAUCUUUCCUUAGGGAUGAAACUUGCAAAGAUUCAUCGUAUCCUCAAGUUCAAACAGCAGGCCUGGCUGAAGCCCCAUUUAGAGUUGACCUGA